GAAGGUCUCACGGUUUAAGAGAUCAUGAUAGAGAAAACUCCCUCACAGAGAAGAUUCUGUUGGUAAGAACGCGAUCUGACCGCGUCAAUUAACAGGUUUCGGCCGGCGUCCGAAGUGUCCGAAGUUGCUGCAAAGUCUGAGAUGAGAUGAAAACUAUCCUUUCCUAGGUUGACUCCAAUUCCGCACUGUUGGGAACAGGAUUGACGGCUCGAACACACGACAUGUUGACAAACAUGGGAAGACGUGCAAAUGCCUUGCGAAUAAUGAGUUUCUCACUGGUGUUGCCAGUCACCAGCGUAGAUACUUCGCAAUUCCGAACUCAGAGAACUGCACUGAGCAUCUACUGAUGUUCUUCAGACAUUCACCAGAGAAGCACUGCGCUCUUCUACUAAUACCUGAACGAGCGGGAGUCUUCAAACAGUUAUUACUCCGGAUACAAUCAGACAACGGGUAGAAGCCAGGGCUCAGUCUGAGCCAUGGUCAAUAAUAGAAAUGAGGCAUACAGACACGAGCGGGCCGUUGGACCAGCGACAGUCCUUGCCAUCGGCAAGGCCACACCUCCAGCUGCAUAUCUUCAGAGCGAAUUCCCGGAUUUCAUCUUUGAUAUCACCAACAACAGUCACAAGAAUGACCUCAAGGCCAGUUUCAUCCGAAUUUGUAAGAAUUCAGGAAUCAAUAAAAGGUAUUUCCAUUGCACAGAGGAGAUUUUGAAGGCCAAUCCUUCAAUGUGCUCGUACAAGGAUCCCUCACUUGAUGUUCGCCAGGACAUAGCAAUCAGGGAGGUGCCCAGACUGGCAGAGAAGGCGGCUGUGGAGGCGUUGGCAGAAUGGGGCCAACCCAGAGAUCGGAUCACCCACGUGGUGUUCGCAACCACGAGCGGAGUGAACAUGCCCGGAGCCGAUCUCACUCUCACCAGGCUGCUGGGCUUGAGCCCCAACGUAAACAGAACCAUGCUGUACCAACAAGGGUGCUUCGGAGGAGCCACCGUUCUGCGAGUGGCUAAAGAUCUCGCCGAGAACAACAAAGGCGCUCGAGUUCUCACUGUCGUGUGUGAGCUCACGAGUAUAAAUUUCCGUGCCCCUGAGGAUGUGGACAAUCUGGUGGGCUCGGCAAUUUUCGGUGAUGGAGCCUCAGUCCUUGUCAUCGGAUCGGAUCCCGUUCCGGAGGUAGAGAAUCCAUUGUUCGAAAUCCACUGGUCUGGAGAAACGAUUCUGCCCGAAAGUGAUGGUGCGAUUGAGGGAAGGCUGACUGAAGCGGGACUGAUGUUCAACCUGCGGAAGGAUAUUCCCGGUCUGAUUUCAAGUAAUAUCCUCCCUAUCUUCAACAAGGCGAUCGAGGUGGCAGGAUCCCCAAGGUGGAACGAUCUUUUCUGGUGUGUGCACCCAGGAGGUCGAGCCAUUCUGGAUGAAUUGGCGAAAACUCUGAGCUUGAAACCAGAGAAGAUGGAAGCCACAAGAGAAAUUCUGUACAGCUACGGGAACAUGUCAGGUGCUACUGUGCUGUUCGUAAUAGAUCAAAUGCGCAGGCGGUCGGCCGAGAAGAAACGCAGCACCACCGGAGAAGGAUGUGAGUGGGGGCUUGUUGUAGGAUUUGGACCUGGUUUGACAGUAGAAGUGUCGGUCCUGAGAGCAGUUGCAACUGUUCUAUGAUCAUUCAUGGGCGAAAUUAUUUGAGUUAUAGUGUGAGGUUUCAAACUCGGUAAAAUUUCGUUAUCGUAGCUUGAUCCUUUCCUUCCAGCCUGCAAUGAAAUCCUUAAAAAUUUUCCGGUGAACCACGACGCUCGGGACGAAUAAAAUUAUAAUCUGAGGCCAUGAUAAGAUAAGAUGAUGGCCUCACAGCAGUAGAUAUAUUCUUUUGUACAUGUAUUUUAGAAAUAUGAACAAUUUACAGCGAUUAGUGGUCACCUUCUUUCUGAAGCAUUUCUCAUAGCAGUCUGACCAUCAUCGGCGAAACUUUUGUAAAUUCGAACUGACUAUUCGAUACAGAAUUUUGUGAAACAAUCUACGAACUAGUCGACACUCUAUGCCUCUACUACUCUAUGAGGAGUUAGGAGUGUGCAGCCUUAUCUUUCAUUCAGUCAGCGCCCUGGAAUUCAUGUCGUCUCUCCCUUCAUGCAAA